CAAGCCACUCGUCCAGAGUAAUAUUGCUUCAAAGCAAGAACUUUGUUUUCUUCGCCAAUCCAAAACCACAAACUGAGUGAAACCCUCUUCCCUCAACCAAGUGCUCCAUUUCUUCUGCCAGAGAACCAAAACAUAGCACAGAGCACCAGAGCAGAGGGGCGAAAUUCGAGUUUUGGGAAAAAAUUCCGGCAACCGGAGGUGCGGGCCCAGCCUGCAGCAUGAAUAGUCAGCCACCAUGUUUUCCUAUUUCCAGCCGAACCAGAGGGGCUUAGGACUCACUCCUAGGCUUGUUUUUUGGCAAGCAAAGGGGCGGCCCCCUCCUUCCUACAUAACUCCACCACUGGUUGCCAUACCAUAGUUUCCGUUCUUAAAACAGACAGAUGCUAUUUCUCCAUCAAGAACAACUCCACAUCUUUUCUACAAGGAUUGAUGAUAAUUGUCAGCAGCGCAUUUUUAAAAACUUGUUUCUAGGGGUGUUGGGGGAUUUGCAGGUUGAGCAUUUGUGCAUAUUCGUAUGCUAUUAAUACUCAAGUUUUCACAAAGCAUCCGCUGUAGCAAUGGUUAAAUCAAAUAUUAUGAUUCCGGGUUCGAACCCCGGCAGCGGAAAACUUCUUUUUUUUUUUUUUUUUUUUUUUUAAUCACAAUUAACAGUAAAGUAAAAUCAUUGAAAACAAAAGGCCACGUUGGGGAGAUCCCAUCCUGCUCUCUCCCUCCUCUCUCUCUCUUUCCCCAGACAUGGAGCUUUCUUCUCUGCGGUUCCCAGCUAUAACACCUCACUGCAGCACCUCAUCCUCUUUGCCUCCAAUGUCUGUUCGGCCCACCACUACAAAAUCGGUUGCUUUUCUCUCAAGCUGCAGGACAAAGUUGAACUCAAUUGGGGUGUCCAGAAGCAGCUCCAAAUCCUUGCUUAGCCGCCAGAAGAGGCGAAAUUCCACCUGGGCCUGCAGUCAAGUUGGAGCUGCUGAAUCUGAUCCAGUAUUGACCAAAGUUUCAGAUUUUAAAGAUGCUUGUUGGAGAUUCAUGAGGCCCCAUACCGUACAUGGGACAGUUCUGGGGUCUAUUGCUUUGGUGGCAAGAGCAUUGAUUGAGAACUCCAAUCUGAUAAAGUGGUCUCUGCUGUUUAAGGCAUUCUCUGGUCUUUUUGCUCUACUAUGUGGGAAUAGUUAUAGAGUUGGCAUCAAUCAGAUUUACGAUAUCAAAAUUGACAAGGUAAACAAACCUUAUUUACCUAUCGCUGCUGGGGAUCUUUCAGUUAAAUCAGCAUGGCUCUUGGUGGUAUUUUUUGCGGUGACUGGGUUGUUGAUCGUUGGACUGACCUCUGGGCCAUUCAUUACUUCUCUCUACUGUAUUGGUCUUUUCCUUGGCACCAUAUAUUCUGUUCCUCCGCUUAGAAUGAAAAGAUUUCCUGUUGCAGCUUUUCUUAUAAUUGCCUCGGUACGGGGUUUCCUUUUCAAUUUCGGUGUAUAUUAUGCCACUAGAGCUGCCCUUGGGCUUCAAUUUGAGUGGAGCUCGGCCGUUGCUUUUAUCACUACCUUUGUAACAUUGUUUGCUUUGGUUAUUGCGAUAACAAAAGAUCUUCCGGAUGUAGAGGGGGACCGCAAGUUUGAAAUAACAACGUUUGCAACAAAACUUGGAGUUAGAAACAUUGCGUUCCUUGGUUCUGGGCUUCUGCUGCUAAAUUAUGUUGGUUCCGUAUUCGCAGCAAGUUUAAUGCCGGAGGCAUUCAGACGUAGCUUAAUGAUACCCAUGCAUGCAAUCUUGGCACUGAGUUUAGUUUUCCAGGAAGCAAGUGCCAACUACUACAGAUUUAUUUGGAAUCUCUUCUAUGCCGAGUACAUCCUUUUCCCUUUCAUCUAGCAACUUCGAAUGGAUACAACAAAGCCUGAUCACACUAUAUCGGGUUGGCUAUAUGAAUUCUAGAAUGCCAUUGCGCUCGUCUUUAUGUUAUGUCUUCCGUUAUGUGUAGAAUGAAUAAAUGAAAUAAAAAAGUUGUAGGAGGUGCAACAAAGAAUAGAUUGCUCAAGCAGCUAAGAGUACUUAAUUUUGAACUUGUAGAUCGCUUGCAUUAGAAAAACAAAAGCACUUCGUAGUAUUGUCUAGUGUUAUUUAUUUUCACUUAUAAGUGAAAUAUUUUAAGUUUGAAUUCUGUGGAUUGCGAGUUUGAUAAAAAAAUAUUUAUUA